GGAUUUCAAAUGACGCAUUCUCUCGGAGGUGGCACUGGUCCUGGGAUGGGCAUUCUGUUGAUCUCAAAAAUCCGCGAAGAAUAUCCUGAUCGUAUCAUGAAUACGUUUUCGGUGGUGCCCAGCCCGAAGGUUCCAGACACAAAAAGGGCAACAUGUGAAAUAUUAUUUGCAGUAAGUUCACGCCUAGGCCUAAUACGAUAUUUGCUUCCGCACAUUGAAGUUGAGCACUCCUACCUACGGCGAUUUGAACCAUCUUCUCUCUGUCACAAUGAGUGGCUACAUGCUUACCUUAAUGCCGAUCUUCUUAAAUUCGCCGUAAAGAUGGUGCCAUCUCCUCGUCAACACAUCUUUAUGCCUGGUUUUGCGCCGUUAACCUCAAGAAGCAAUCAGCAGGUCUGA